CGUAUUCUCUGCGUACGUGGGAAAUCUGUCAAGUGCUCGAUAUCGUGAUAAUUUGAUAUAGUCAGCUGAGGCAAGAUGCAAUUGCCCGUCUGCGAACUGUAACGAGAUUGCUCGCAGUCGCGUGAUAUUGCGGAAAAAAAGUGUUUGUUUUCUUCGCGAGGCGCAAAUCGAGUUGGGAGAAAUUUGUAUACACUUGAGCACACUCUAGAGAGCAAAGAAGACCAUCAUGCCGCUCAGCACUGAUAUAUCCACAGCGCUUCACUUGCUGGAGCAAGUACAGGAACGUGUGGAGGAUGAUCCUAAACUUCAAAUGCAUACAUCGCAAGAUUUGAAGUCAUUGAUUUCGUUAUUAGAGGAUCCUGUAUUUCGCAGCAUAGUUACAAUUCAAGAUUCCUUGAUUGAAUUGAACACUCAAUUGACGCAUCAUCCAUCCAUCUUGCCUGGCGACUUUGACAUUAACAUUAGUGGGCAGCUGGAGCUUUCUGUUCCAAGUACUCCAGUGCAGCCACUCGGACCAAACAUGUACCCAGAUCUUUACCAGGAUAGCAGCGAGUUGGAAGAUCAGAGAGUUCCCGUUGCUCCAUUACUGCAUAGCAGCAGUGAAGAUACAAGUGCACAGGUUACCAGUCCCAGUCUUGCUUCAGAAGUUAUGGGAAUGCCGCCUAUAACCACUCCUACUUAUGCAAAAGAGUUUAAAAAGGUCAUUGAGGCUGCUGCAAGGGGACGGCAAAUAUUUACAGUGCAGUUGUAUAAACCAGAGGGAACCAGUUUGGGAUUCAGUGUAGUUGGACUUCGCAGCAAGGAUAAGGGCGAGCUUGGCAUAUUCCUACAGGAGAUACAACCAAAUGGCAUCGCGGGUUGCGACGGCCGAUUGGUAGAAGGUGAUCAAAUAUUGGCGAUCGAUGGGCAGCCUUUAGACUCGAACAUCUCUCAUGAGCAGGCGAUCUCGAUCCUUCAGAAGGCCCGUGGUCUGGUUGAGCUAGUCGUAGCAAGAAGCACCCAAGACGUUGGGAGCUCUUUGCCAACGGAUGAAUUGUCCGGUGGUUCGAGUUCGACAGCGGCCGCAGGAGCAGCGUCGUCCAUCGUCGGCGGCGGCGGCGGUGCCGCUGCUGGGAACAACCAGACAAGUUCCGACAAGGAUCAAUCGGUGUCAGUGUCAUCCACCAUCGUUACACCGGGACCGACCCCGAAGUCAAGCCAACCGGCCAGCACCACUUCGGCGGCGACCCCGACGCCCACACAUACGCCAACACCCACGCCGACCUCGACACCGAUACCUGGAGGCCUCGUUAUCGAAAGGAGCCCCUCCGCCGUCAGCGACGCCUCCAAGAGUGGCUCUGACAUGGUGUUGAAUACGGAAUGGGCUCAAGUUGAAGUGAUAAAUCUCAUCAAUGAUGGCAGCGGUCUUGGAUUCGGCAUCAUCGGCGGACGUAGCACCGGCGUCGUCGUCAAAACCAUUCUUCCAGGAGGUGUUGCCGAUCGCGAUAAUCGGCUCCAGAGCGGGGAUCACAUAUUGCAGAUCGGCGAUGUCAAUCUCCGCGGGAUGGGAAGCGAACAAGUUGCCGCGGUUUUACGGCAAUCGGGCACCCACGUGCGCCUUGUUGUCGCGCGACCUGUGGAACCAACUUCUCCGGAUUAUCAGGCUCUCGGUAGUCACGCCCCGAUCGUCCCUACGAAAAUCCUGGGGGACCCAGACGAGCUGGACAGACAUCUGGUGCACAGCGUACCGGAGAGCUACAAUAUGCGACAUGUGCAGGGGGGUGACACGAGCUACGACAACGGUUACAUGUACUCGCAGGAAUCCGACAUUGAAAUGCACGCAAGACCCGGUCUCAUCAUGGACGUGGUACGCAACCCAAUGCCAAUUGGAGCGAUGCCAGUUAUACCGGCGGUGCCACUUCCGGUGCAGCUCCAGGAUUUACCGGUGCUCACCAUGGAGCCCCUCGAUAUUAAUUCACUGCCAGAAAUGGAGCGCUUCACGGUCAAUCUUACGAAGGAUAUUUACGGCCUUGGCAUCACUAUCGCUGGAUAUGUUUGCGAGAAAGAGGAGCUCUCUGGCAUUUUCGUUAAGAGCAUUAGCGAGGGUAGCGCGGCCGAUUUGAGCAAAAUGAUCCAAAUAAACGAUCGUAUAGUAGAGGUGGACGGACAUUCCCUGCAGGGUUACACUAAUCACGAAGCUGUUGAAGUGUUAAGACGUACAGGGCAAACGGUGAACCUUUGCUUGGAGCGAUACCUACGUGGACCAAAGUUCGAACAGCUUCAGCAAGCGAUCGCCGCGAGCGAGUUGAGACUACCUCAGCCGAGUUCCCCGUCGAUUACGAGCCUACCCAGUUUUCCCAUGAGCGCGGAUGGAGAAACUACCACCGAAAUAGAACCCGAAGGCGAAUCUCAUACCACCGUGGACAGCGCGGUUCUUCAAGAAGGAGAACGUUUAAGAACAUCGGACGAGCAGGACGAGGCAACCAACGUCGAAGCCUUGUUGAGCGAUCCAUCGAGCGAGCUUACACCUCAAAUUCGUGCGGCUAUCAAAGCGAAAUGGCAAAAGAUUGUCGGACCCGAUACCGAGAUAGUGGUCGCUCAGUUGAAGAAAUUCGCCGAAGGUAGCGGUCUUGGGAUAAGUUUAGAGGGAACGGUCGACGUGGAAAAUGGCCAGGAAGUAAGGCCUCAUCACUAUAUACGUUCGAUUUUGCCGGAGGGCCCCGUUGGGCAGAACGGCACACUGCGCUCCGGCGACGAGCUAUUAGAGGUAAACGGCUACCGCUUAUUGGGCAUCAAUCACAUGGAAGUGGUUAGCGUGCUGAAAGAGUUGCCUAUAAACGUUCGUAUGGUUUGUGGAAGAAACAUCGCCUCGCAGGAUCCGCUUUGUCCCAUCGAUACUGCUCAACACCAGGCUGCUUUUCAGACUAGAAGCAUCCUUGGCGGGUCUCUGCAGAACUUGUUACCCACAAUGGAUCGUCUUGUGAAAGCGAAGUCGGACGGUUCCUUAGCUUCGACAACGACUACAGCCACAGUGACCGACGCGAGUCUAAACAAAAUGAAAUCGCGCUCGUUGGAACCGCUGACCGGUCUGGCGAUGUGGAGUUCCGAACCACAAAUUAUCGAAUUGGUUAAAGGAGAGAGGGGCCUUGGGUUCUCCAUUUUGGAUUAUCAGGAUCCAAUGAACCCCAACGAAACUGUGAUAGUAAUACGAUCGCUCGUGCCCGGCGGCGUGGCACAGGUCGAUGGGCAGUUAAUACCGGGCGAUCGACUUCUGUUUGUGAACGACAUCGGAUUAGAGAACGCAACAUUGGACCAGGCCGUGCAGGCCCUCAAAGGCGCCCCGAAGGGGACCGUUCGCAUCGGCGUGGCCAAGCCGCUGCCAAUACCAGACAGUAUUGUCCAGAAAGUGACACCGAAGAUGAAGCGGAGCAAAAGUUUUCCCAAUGAGAGCGAAACGACCGAUCGCGCCACCGAGCUUGAGGACCUGCUUUCCUCGAGAUCAGGCUUGACCGAAACGUCAACAAACAAACCGGAGAUCGACGAGGACGAGGAAGAGGAGGAGGACCACUGGAAGGAUGCCUCCCCGGUGACCCCGAUCUGUAGCCCACGACGACCUCCUAGCUUAGGAAAGCUUCGUCAACGGGAUAAACAAUCACCGACCAGAUACGUCGACAUCGAUAACGACGUCGAAAUCAUUCACGAGUUCUAUCCCACCACUUCGAAAACGAUGCACGAGGAGACGAGCAUCGUGUCGUACGGCGGCACGAUAAUCGUGGAAACGACGAGGAUUCCUAGGCAUACCAAGGACGUGGCAGGGAGGAUAGAGAAGGUAGCGCCGAAGGUGAAGUUAAAGAAGCAAUCGUCUCUGGAGUUAGAAUCUUCCCGCAUACCUACCGUUCAAGAGGAACCGCUCUCGAGCGCAGAGGAAGCAUCCAGGAUCACCACGACUACAAGAUCUCAAGCAGAGGAAUGCAAGAAGAGCUUGAAGCAUCAUAGCAGCGUAGAUUCUGAAGAACGUACGUCCACGUCGAAGGAGACUUUGGAGAAGUCCGACACGUCGUCGGAAAAGGGUGCCCGGAAGAAAGUGUUCAUAGAAAAAGAGGAAAGUAGGAGACGAUCAAAGAAAUCGGGAAGAAGGUCCGCCAAACUCGAACAAAAAUUGGAAGAAGAUUCGUCGGAGCGGAAAUUGGAGUCGCUGGAUAACGAGGAGCUGAAGAGAAAGGACGGGGAAACUUAUCGACGAUCGAGGGAAGAGAGAAAGAGCCUGAAGGAACAAGAGUGUAUUGAGAGAGUGACCGAAUUCUUAACAAGGCACAGUAUACCGACUUAUUCUAAUAUGAGCGUGGGUUUUGAAACGACAGAACCCUCGGAAAACGUAGACGAGCAACGAGUCAAACGUCCAUCAGUUAUUAGCAAAGACGGGGAGACUGCGAGCUCAACGACAAUCGAACCAUCCAUCAUAUCUACAAAAAGAAAAGGGAGCCUGAAGAGUAUAUCUGAGAUGACGAAAGAAACGAAAGAUUUUCCGGAGGAUUCAAGAACGAAGAACAUUGAGGGGUCUUUGGAAAGCAAGAAGCAACGACCGGCCUUGGAACGUGCUUCGGCAGCCGUUUUAGACCCUCAGCAACCCGAUCCGAUCGUUCAACCGCCUGCAAAACGACCUAGCUCCUUGAGAAAAAGGAGGGACUCUUUUUCCAGAGAGUCCUCGAGAGAAUCGUUGUUGGAAGAGAAGAAGGGUGUUAGAAUCCAAGAAGACGUUCAGGAAAUCUUCUUCGAGGAUACGAGCGAGCAAGUCGAUUUGCUGCCGGAAGUCCAGCUGGUGACCGCCAGAAUUAUCACUGCUGAAGAGGCAUCCGCGCUUCGGUUCGAAGAGGCAGUUACAAGAAUCGAGAUCCAUUCGCCACCGGAACUAGCUGUCAUUGCCGAAACGGUUAAAACGAGACUGGCGCGGGCGCCAUCGCCGGAAAUUGUCGACGUGUCUUCGUUGCAGCUACCCGCAUUGGCGAAAUCGACUUCGGAGAGCACUUUGACGGAGAGCAAAUCUGACGCCGACGAGGAUCACAAGGUCUCCGUCAGAAACCUGAAGCCGGAGAUUCUUUUGGACUUAUCUAAAGUUUCCGAUACCGGCGAAGAGAUCGAGGAGAUGAUCGAGGGCGAUAAGGAUAUCAAGGAGAGACGGCUCAGCAGAACUAGAAGCGAAGGCUCCAAGAGAUUGAUCAAGAACCAGAAGCAGGAACAGUUCCCUUUCAAAAUUGGCAGCCUCGCGCAACCGGACAGACCGGAACUCACGAUACUGCACGAAGGUCCGAUAGAUAGAACGGCAAGUAUCGGAGAUAUUACGGGAAAGGUUGCAACGGAAGACGCGAAAAAAGAAGACAGUAUUACGAGCCUCCAAGUUCGACGUGACUCCAAGGGAUCAGUUCCGAAAGAUCUCGCAAUUCCCCCGAGCGAAGUUGCGACUCCAGCGCAGGAUCCUCAAAGAGGGGAGGAACAAGAGGAACCAUCGUCGCAAGAAGUCAAAGAGGACACGAGGGAAGCUCGCGAUUCUGGACAAACAUCUUUGCAGAAACGAUCACCGUUGUUGGAGGAACUAGUCUGUAGACACGAGGAGGACAAUCUGAUCUGCAAAGAACAUUCUUUGGAAUAUCAGAGCCAGACGCUCGAGAGUCAAUCGGAUCACCUGUUCCACGAAGUGAUCACUUCCUCGUUGGAGGACCUCUUGAAGACAGUUCCCGAGAGUUGGACGCGCGAGGUUUACGAGGAGAGCCUCGACGAGGUCGGCCAUAGUUUCAAGGAGACACAGUACUCGCCUAAGGAGAAGCGUGACGUGCAGACGCAGACUGUGCAGGAGUCGAAGGGCACGCAGUGCAGCCCCGAGCAGAGCGUGAGUCCCUGCGACGAGGAGCCGCCCAGCAUCAGCCCAUUCCACGUCAGUCGCAAAUACUUUCAAAGCCCGAGACGGGAAGUGCAAACGCAGACCCAGGGCGAGAACAAAAGCGUCCAGUGCUCGUUGGACGACUUGGGUGAUCUUGCGAAGAGUAUCGCGGGCAGCCCCACCAGAUCGGAACAAACACAGGAGUCAAAAAGCAUCCAGUGCAUCCCGGAGGAUCUCUCCGCGAGAUCGUCCGACAGAUCGAGAUCCUCCUCUCGGGAGGACGUCCUGCGCAGUCCGCGACGCGAAGUCGAGGUACAGACCUAUCAAGAGUCGAAGGCGAUCCAAUGCAGCGACGACGAGCUGCUCGAGGCUGAUCAGACGAGCACCGAUCGUCCAGAGCGUCCGCAUCAAGGCAGACCGGCCAGCUCGACGUCCAGGAAGACCGAGAGCUCGCCCUCGUCCAGUUCGAGUUCGCCGCGCAAGUUCCCGACAGUCGUCUUCGUGGAGGGCAAGGGGGACAUGACCGUCACGCACAGGGAGCACGAUGGCGACGUCACCUGGUCGAAACACUGGGGCCCCGAAAGACUGGUGGAGAUAUACAGAGAACCGAAGACCAGCUUAGGACUCAGCAUCGUUGGCGGGAAGGUCGAUUUGCACAACGGCAGCUCGAGCAAGUCCCAGAAUAUCUCUGGGAUAUUCAUAAAGAAUGUGCUGCCAAACAGUCCGGCUGGUAGAACCGGCGGUCUCAAGAUCGGAGAUAGAAUAAUAGAGGUGGACGGCGUGGAUCUACGACACAGUACGCACGAGCGUGCGGUGGAAGUUAUACAAGCCGCCGGAAAUCCUGUCUGCCUCCUCGUCCAGUCCUUGGUGCAUCUGAGCCCGGAGCACGGCAGCGCCGUCCAAGAGGAAAGAGACACCAAAGCCCGGAGGCAGACUGUCAAGAGUCAUACGUCGCCGUCUUCCGGCGUCAGCUCAGGAACGCCGACGGCCUCCUUUCGCCGUAAGCCACCGCCGGUUUCGCCAGCGAGAUCCAUCACACCAGAAGUGAUACAGCCAGGACUUGAGGACGGCGACGCUCAAAGCAGUUCGCACGUAGAUUCUCAAAAACCAAGUUCGAAAAGUUCAGAUGGCUCAGCUUCUAGUUCACGAAGAUCCUCCAUGAAGAAGUCAAUUCGAAAAACGGCCCCUUCGCCCCCGGUGAAUCCGGGUAUCCUACGCGAAGUCAGCGAGGAACGAGAGGACCAUAUCGCGGAGCCUGUCGCGAAGCCCAAGUACUCCUCGGACGAAAGCUCGGACGAGGACGAGGAGGAUACUCGCAUGCUGGAGGGCAACGUCUACACGAAGAGCGGCAUCGAGAUCUCGAGAAAAAGCGCCGGAAACGUGAAGCUCACGAAGGCGGAAAUCGAGGCGGAUCCUGAAGAAGAGGACGAGUAUGGUUAUACGAUCAAGAAGAUACAGAAGAAGUAUCAGAAUCUCGGACAUAAAGUGCUAAUGAUCGUUCUCGAGAAGGACAGGCGGGGAUUGGGUAUCUCUCUGGCUGGACAUAAGGAUAGAAAUCGAAUGGCGGUGUUUAUCUGCGGCCUCAAUCCGAAGGGUGCAGCUCAUAAAAACGGCGGGCUCCUCAUCGGCGACGAGAUAUUGGAGGUGAACGGUUGCGUGUUGCAAGGACGGUGUCAUUUGAACGCGUCCGCUAUCAUCAAAGGCAUACCCAGCACUCGUUUCAAGAUCAUCGUUUAUCGAAGAUCGAAGGCUGUCGAUGACAUCGCCGUAAAGCCGAUAGUUCAAUUUCCACCAACCUUGGAUGACAACUUUACAAGCUUCAGUAAGUACAAGGGAGUCCGUGAAGUACAAAUAAAGAAGAGUUCGCAUGGUCUAGGCAUAAUGAUCAUCGAAGGGAAACAUCUGGCCGUGGGACAGGGUAUCUUCGUGUCUGAUAUUCAAGACGGCAGUGCCGCAGAACAGGCUGGAUUGAAAAUGGGCGAUAUGAUCCUGGCCGUUAAUCUGGAUAGUUUAUUAGGGCGCACGUACGAUGAGGCUACAGAGUUAUUGAAGAGAGCACAAGGUAUCGUUGUGCUGACGGUAUGUAAUCCUAACGAGAAUAAAGUAGAACUACAAAAAGAGAAAGGGAAGGAUAAAGCUAAACUUGGAGGUGAAACUAGUGAUAUUGCGCAGAAGACGCCACAAAAAAGUGCACCGGUAGUAUCAGCAACUGCCAAAGAAACAGAGAAACCGGCGAAAUCUGAGAAAGUCCAGCUGGAUCCGAAAACCUGUCAAAUACCGGUCGAUCAAGAAGUGACGAUAGAAUUUCAGAAGGAAAAGGAUCAGGUCGUAGGUGUCUUCAUCGCCGGUGGUUCUGAUACCCUCUGGAACGGAGUGUUUGUUCUGGAUGUAUUCCCCGAAGGCGCGGCCGGGAAGGACGGUCGACUGCAACGCGGCGAUCAGAUUCUCAGCUUAGGCAACGAGAGCUUCAAGCAGAUAGAGUCCCCGAAAGCUCGCGAAGCGAUGUUGAAGCUUACCUCCGGGACUAUCACGAUGACGGUGUUGCGCCACGAGAAGCCAACCGAGGAAUACGAGGUCGAGAUACAGAAGAAGAGCGGUAGAGGUGCGGGUAUCUGUUUCGCCGCCUUCAGGAGCGGAAAGGGAGCUUAUGUGACGGAGCUGAUGCCAGGCGGUCAAGCCAUCGAAACCGGCAAGAUCUGCAAGGGCGAUCAUCUUAUAACGAUCAGCGGGUUGGACGUGCGCGACGUUUCCUUCGACGACAUAGCUUUCCACCUGAAAAUAUCCAAUCCACUGCAGCUGAAGCUAGCUAGGUAUAAAUCCGCCAAACAAUGACAGGGUUCUGCGGGCGGAACUCUCAACGCGUGUCCCGACGUAAGAAGCACCUACAGACACCGUGGAUUCUAGUGUGAUAUAUAUAGGUAAAAAAAUGUCUUAAUAACAAUAAGUAUCUUUUGUUACGAGAGCCGCGUGCAAAAUCGCGCGACUCGCUCUAUUAAUUACACGCCAGCGUCGCCAAUCGAUCUUGCCGUUCGAACUCGCGUGCAACACGAGAUGUGAAAAAUAGAACGAGAGCUGAGAUAAAGCACGACGAUGAAGCACGGCGAUUCGUAACGCGUGCGCAUCGAUUCGAUAGAGUCGACGGAGAACUCUGCCAACUCAAAGGGAAUCAAUCGUUGUCAGGCACGAUUGUCAGAUUCUAGCCGAUGAAAAUUUCGUCGAGGGAGUUGCUCGAGUUUGCGUAAAACUAUUCCGUCUGCCGAUGCUCGUGCUCGUGCAAGUAUAGCUCCGAUAAUACACCUUAUCGUCUUACAUACAUAUAUAUAUAUAUACACACACACACACACACACUAUAAUUAUAUGUUAUAAUUAUAUAGUGCGAAGUAAACACGUUAUCACCGAUAAUAACGAGGAGAAUAUGGCGUUGAACAGGCGUAAAUCGAUAAUAAUCUCGGCGAGUCUGUAUAUCAAGGGAAAUAUCGCUCAGAUUUAUUCUCUUCACUUGGGAGAGACACGACGCCGCUCCCCCUGUAUCUUGAUACAAAACCGAACUCGCUUGUAUGUUUCGUACUACAACUUAUAUAUUUAAGGCAGGCAAGUAGUAGAUAAUGCGUUUAUAGGGCGCGUUUUAUCGAAUAUAUUCGUGAAAUGUUUUUUUUUUUUAAAGAUAAGAACUCUAGUCUCGCCCGCGAAGAUUGGCGUUUCUCGCCUUAAUUAUAUCGCUUUUGCUCGCGUUACGGCUGCUCCCCCUAAUGUCAUGGCUGACGUAACAUAUUGUCUCAUACCGUAUUUUUUUCAAUAACAAGACAAACACGAGGGAGAAAGAGAGAGAGAGAGAGAGAGAGAGAGAGAGAGAGAGAGAGAGAGAGAGAGAGAGAGAGAGAGAGAGAGAGAGAGAGAGAGAGAACGAUGUACGAGCUACGUCAAAAAAUAUACGCGCGUGCUAAGGAAACUUCGAGUAAUAUAUCCUUGUUAAAGAUAUUUUCCCAUUUAGCCAAGAAUUUCGCGUAGAAUAAGAUGCACCAUCGGCCACGUCCGUUUAUAAUAAAAUCGGUAGAUAGAUGACGAUUUUGUAACAUGUAGCUUAAUUUAUAGACUAAUAGAGCCGGAAUGGGAUACGAUACGUAGCGACAUAAAAUAUACUAGGAUAACUCUAUCCGCGAUUUUUCUCGAGAGUCUUAACACGCGAUAGGACGUUCGCGUGUAACUUUGACGUAACUCGCGCGCAGAUAUCGCAUUGACGACCCGUACAUCGUGUAUAUUUAUCGCCAAUAAGAGUAGAAUACCGCCUAAAACAUUUAUAGAGGUAAUAAAAAGAAUAACGAGAGGGCUUUCCUCUCCGGAGGACUGACAAACGCGGGGAGCGGUCGCGUCGAACGUCGAGCGAGAUCACUUAGCGGUAAGUGUUUCGAUGGCGCGUGCGAGAUCAUCCCCGCAUCGAGAUCACUCCUCGAUCGCUCCUCGAUCUCGCUAUAGAGUAUAUAUAAUAUAUCGCGAGACGUUUGCCGAGACACCGACGGAUGGCGAAUCAUUCCGAGUGUUCAAGCGUGUUUCUUUAUGCUCUGACGUUCGUCAAGUCACGAGAGAGGUGACUCGAAGCGUCGCAAAGCUAGACUGGCUUGUUGAAG